AGUGCAACUAUGCCUCUGAGAGCAAAACAUUUCAGCCAGGAUCACUAGUGGGGAGAUCAAGUGUUGAGUUGUGACCCAACCUGGAGACCCAGUCUGCACCCACGUCCACGAAGUGCCUCACCGCGACCCCCACUCGCCAUCAUGCCCAAAGGAUUCCUGGUCAAGAGGAACAAGAGGUGCGCGCAUGUUUCCUACAGGAGCCGCUCGGAGGACGAGGAGCAUCAGGAGCCCCAAACCGCAGCUGCCUUACAUGCGGACCCUUCCCCGCCCAUGUCCACCUCCAGCCCGGCAGCGGCGCCGGUGCCGCGAAUGGAGCAGCCGGUGCAGUUCGGUAACCCAGAGACGGCGUGCCAAGCCCUCUACAGCCCCAGCCGGCCCAUCAGCCGGGACCACGAGCGCGGCUUCUUCGAGAGGAGUUUCAAUCUGGGCUCGCCCAUUUCUGCCGAGUCAUUCCCGACCCCCGCGUCUCUCUCCGGACUGGACCAGCUCCUGUACGCACCUGUCGACUUGAAAAUCGGGACCAGCAACAGCAGCCGGAGCGGAACCAGCACCGGAACCAGCAGCAGCAGCACCACCAGCAGCAGCAGCAGCGGCACGAGCGCGGUCCCGCCUCCAAGAACCAAAAGACCCUCGUCGGACGGUCCAGAGCGCAAAUCCAAACCCAAGAAACCCAAAGCCAUCAGGAAGCUGAACUUUGAGGACGAGAUGACCACCUCGCCGGUUCUGGGCUUGAAGAUCAAAGAGGGUCCGGUGGAGCUGAAGUCCGGCGGGGCCAAGCCCCUCGGGGAGUUCGUCUGCCAGCUGUGCAAGGAGGCGUACGCGGACCCCUUCUCCCUGGCCCAGCACAAGUGCUCCCGCAUCGUCCGGGUCGAGUACCGGUGCCCGGAGUGCGACAAGAUGUUCAGCUGCCCGGCGAACCUGGCCUCGCACCGGCGCUGGCACAAGCCCAGAGGUUCCGGCUCGGUUCCGGCCGUGGUUCCCAAAGCGGAGCAGCCCAAAAUCCCAGGGGCCAAAUCCGAUGAAGCCAAAGACGACAGAGACACCCCGAGCCCGGGCCUCUCCGAGUCCGGUUCCGAGGACGGCGCGUACGACUGCCAGUUCUGCGGGAAGCGGUUCAAGCGGCAGGCGUACCUGAGGAAGCACAUCAUGGGACACCAGGCCAUGCAGAAGAAAGUUCUGGAGGAGUUUCAGAGCGAGCCGGCGCCAGAGGAAGCCUCAAACCAAAGCCCACUGAACCUGAGCCCAGUGGACCGGCUUCUGUGUCCGGUGUGCGGGGAGAACGCCAGCAACCGGGCCGGACUGGAGCGACACCUGCGCCUCAUGCACUCCUCCCAGGUCUACCCGUGCAAGUACUGCCCCGCCACCCUCUACAGCUCCCCGGGACUCACCAGACACAUAAACAAGUGCCACCCGUCCGAGAACAGACAGGUGAUCCUGCUGCAGAUGCCGGUGAGACCCGCUUGUUAAGCUCACCGCCACACUCGUGCCUUUGCCGGGGCGGGGACCAACACAAAGUUCCUCAGUUUGUGUCGCUCGCUGCCAAAACUGUGACAGACAGACACACAACACAAAACCUGUCUCUCUCUCUCUCUCUCUCUCUCAUGCCAAUCAGUGAUUGUUGGAGGCGUCUCUUCUCUAUUUUCACACGUUUUUCCUCAAAUUCUAGCGGUAGUUUGACUGUUAAAGGGUAUUUUUUUAGGGACAGCACACGUUAUAGCUUCUAGACCUAAGAAAUGUCUUAUUGAAGAAUCACCGACUGUGAUUGAUCUGCCACUGUAGCUUUUGUUCGUAAAGAGACUCAAUUAUUGUGGAAGCAGUUUUGUAGAACCACAAAUGCCUUUAGUGUAGCCGAACAUCCCCAAAUCUCGCUGUACAACUGCCUUAAAGUUAAAAGGAAAAAAAAUCAUCCUCUUGAUUUCGAACGCUGGCACAUAUUUUAUUAUGAAUAUGAAAAUUGUUGCAAUAUGUUUCAUCAUAAGUUUAUUUAUUUAUUUAUUCUAAUUAUUUUAAUGUAACUUAUUAUUGUGUUUGUUGUGAUUAUUUUCUUGUGAAUCUGGCAGUUUACAUGUCCUUUAGCCAAAACGUUGUUUACUUUCUUUGGUUGUUGUUUGUUCCUCAAAAUGGACGAGUUGUGAUAAAUGUCGUAAUCUUCAAUCUCCACAGCUCUUGUAAACAAAAAAAAAAAAAAAAAAGAAAAGAAAAGGAAAGAAAAAAACGCAAAGCUCUUACUUUAGAUGCAAUCUUUUUUAAGGACGAGUUAUUUUCUCAGAUGUUGGCUUUUAUAGCGCUUUGAUUGUAUGUGUAUAUGGUCGUUGUCUAUGGA